AUGACCUCUAUAACUUAAAAGAUUAUAUCCAAAUUAGAUCCAAGACAAUAUUAUCUAAGUGGAUGUAUUGAUAUAAUUGUUGUGUAAUAACACAAUGGAUCCUUGAAAUCUACUCCAUUUCACGUUCGAUUCGGCAAAUACGAUGGUUAAGAUUACUACGUUGAUAUCAUUGUGAAUGGGAAUUUGAAGGAUGUGAAAAUGAGAUUGGGAAAGGAAGGUUCGGCAUACUUCGAAAAAAGUUCCUUUUCUUCUGGUUAUUAAUCUGAUGAUACAUUUUCUGAGAAAAUUUCACUUUUUGACGAGGCAUCCAACUUUCGAUUGUCCCACAAUUACAAGACUCCUGAUGAGUUGUUCAAUAGUGACAAGAAAAAUAGCAAUUGGCUUCAAACUCUAAAAUUUUGGGGCAAAGGGUCCAAUACAAAAAAAGAUGAUGGGGUUAAGAUUGAAACAACAAAUAACCUUAAAGAAAUUUAAUAGGUAGAUACGUCAUCGUUAGGAUUAUCAUAAAUAUAAUUACAAAAAUAAUUCCAGUCAUAAUAAUCGGAAAAACAUAUCCAAACAAACGAUUUCGAAAAAGACAAUAUUACUUAUAGUGACAGGGAGACCCUAUCUCCACGCCAAUCAGUGAUGGAACUCUCUCUAUGUGGUCAAUAACUGCAAUAAUAAAAUUUGACUUAAACUCAGAGAUUGCAACUGUUUGAACAACAUAAGGUCUCUUUUUCUAUCUUCGAGAAGGACUCACUUAAAAUAAUAAAUCACAAAGAUCUCGUUUUUAAGAUUGGAGAUAAGUUCUUUAGUAGAGAGGCAGGAAUAAUACAAUUGUUGGCUAAACAAGUCUACAAUCGAGAAAUGGUGAUAGAUAGUUUGGAUCAACAGAAGAAGCCGAAUACAUAGCAGCAAUAAUAAUGGUAUAGUGUACUCUUUGGUAAAAAGAAAGGAUCAGAUUAGAUUGAACAAAAUAAUAACAAUAAUAAUAAUAAUAAUAAUAAUAAUAAUAAUAAUAAUAAUAAUAAUAAUAAUAACAAUAAUAAUAAUAAUAAUAAUGCUUAGAGAUUAAAUAAUAAUGAGUAGAGUCAAAAAUAGCAUCAAUAAUUUAAAUCUUAAGAUCGACUCAGAAAGCUCAGUGAGGAUUCCGUCGAUACAUUCAGUACAAUGUCAAUCUAAAAAAGGAGAAAGCCAUUAAGACCAAUACUAAAACCUAAUUCAUCAAUUUUAAAAUAAUUAGGAUUGAAAAAGGGAGAAAACACAAUCACAUACAGAUUAUGCAUCCCAAAGAAGAAUGACAUAGUGGAACUGCAUGGAACCAUCUACUUGUACAAUUAAAAAACUAAAUUGGUGAUAUCGGACAUUGAUGGUACCAUAACCAAGUCAGACAUAUUGGGUUAAUUGAUGCCGAAAUUAGGCACGGAUUGGAAUCAUGAUGGAGUAGCCAAUCUCUAUUAGAAUAUACAAUCAAUGGGAUAUAAUAUAAUGUAUUUGACUGCAAGAGCAAUAGGUUAGGCAGAUCAAACUAAAGAUUUCAUUUACAAUCUACAAUAAAAAAAUGCUAAAUUGCCUAAGGGACCUGUAAUUUUGAGUCCUGACAGUCUGUUCCCUGCAUUCAAGAGAGAAGUGAUUGACAGAACUCCUGAAUUAUUCAAGAUCACGGCUUUAAAAGAAAUCAGAAAUUUGUUCAUUGGAGAGAGUCCAUUCUAUUCCGGAUUUGGAAAUAAAAUAACAGAUUCUACUGCUUAUCAGGCUGUUAAUGUGGAUAUCAGUCGAAUCUUCAUUAUAGACACUGAGAGCAACAUCCAUAAGUUUAAUACUGAUGAAAUCACUACCUAUGUGGAGAUGAAUAAGAACAUUGAUGUUUAUUUUCCUCUUGUUGUCGAUGGAGAUUACUAGUGCUAAAACUUCUGGAAGAUUCCGAUCAAUGACAAUGAUGAUAUUAAUUAUUCGUGA